CUCUUGCUCUCUGGGGCCAUGUCCUCCAGGAAUCCACGGUAUGGCAGGAUCCAGCUUGGGCUCCGGCUCUCUGCUGGCCGUGGCCAUAGGCACGGUCCCGAGCCUUUAGCUCUCCUGUGCAGCGAAAUGCUCCGGCUUUUUGGCAAGGGUCGGUCUCACCUGGGGCAUACUCAGCAUUCUGGCUCCCCGUGGCCUCACUCUGCUCCCGGCGCGGAUGCUGCUGCCACAGCUGCUCAUCGCGGGGGAUAUUUGGUGCUGGGAGGGAUAGUGCCCGCGGCAGGGAUGCUGGCCAGGUCCUGGCAGGCUCCGGAGAGCCCACGGGGAUGUGACGUGCAGGAUAAUCUCAAAAGCCCUUCUCUGUGCGACUUGGCUUGAUGCCGCCGGUUUUGUCCCUGGUUAUUUUGGGACCACAGCGGAGCGUCUCCCCGGCACGUGUGCCUGGGCUCAGCCGCGGCUUUUGCCAGAAGCAGCCCCGGGAGGGACCCCAGGCGCGGCGGCAGGAGAUGAGCCAUGUGGGUCAGCCCAGGGACAUUUCCAUACCGCAUCCUACCGUGGGCUGCCCACGUCUGAUGCCUUCCCCGCAUCUGGGGCUGCACAUCACCCCUUCCUGGGGCUGCAUCCACCCUUCGUGGCUCCCGGGCUGGGCUGGUCGGAAGCCGGCCGAGCAAACGCAGCGGGGCUGCCGGCAUCUACCCAUGGCCAUGCAGCGCUGCCUGUCCCGGCCGGCCGUCCCGGGGCCGGCGUGACCGCGACGCCCUACCUGUCCUUUUCUGGGUCCAACACCUCCGUCAGUGAACAGUUUGAUGGAGAAUCGGUCGGAUGACAGCGGGAACUGUUGUUAUCACCGGGGGAAUCCUAGCAACGGUGAUCCUACUGUGCAUCAUCGCCGUGCUCUGCUACUGUAGGCUACAGUACUAUUGCUGCAAGAAAGAUGACUCCGAUGAGGAAGAGGAGGAGGAGGAGGAGGAAGAAGAGGAAGAGCCCGAUCUUCCCGUGCACUCGCACCUCGGCACGUGCAACGCCUGCAACUCCCGCAUGGUGGAUGGCCAGGGCAGCCCCGCGGCCCCCCGCAGCGAGCUCAACCAGCACGGGGCUCACAACUACUGCCCGACCUGCUCCCCCUACGGCUCCCCCUUUUACAUCCGGACUGCCGACAUGGUGCGCAACGGGGGCGAGAGGGUCGCCUACGCCCCCGCGUGCUACAAGGAGAUGGGGCCGCCCAUCAACAUGGCCACCCUGCAAAGCUACCCGGUGAGCCGCCACGGCCUCCUCCGCGAGAGCUUCCCGAACCCGCGGGCUAUCAGCACGGAGGUGUAGUCACCAUUGCCACUAGCACAGGGUGCCCCCAGCCGGCGCCCGCUCGAGGGAAGGGGCUUUUCACUUUUCUUUGGGGUGGGGUGGGGGUCUCCCGCAGAGAAGACCCCGUAAACCCAGCCUGAGACCAGCACGGUCCUCCUGCUGAACCGCCCGGCACGGCUAAGCUUUACGGGCGAGAAGACGAGAGAGAGACCUCGAAGGGUGACGUUAAAACCGGCCACCUCUGAACCCAUCAUAAGUGUCAUUAUUAUUCUACUCUAUCUCCUGAAGGGACUUGUCUAACGAGGGCUAUGUACAGUACAACCUAAUUUAAUUACCCCAGGCUCCCCCGACUCCCCGAGGCCAGAGCAAGGUCUUCGGUGUCCCCACGCAGCCACCCGAGGGGAAGCCCACUGCCUCUGGCACACAGAGCGAUGCAUGACCACCCACCAGCUGCCGCCCCCGGCAAAUCCCGCCGCUGAGCUGGGAAUGGCGGCGCUCCUCGGCGAUGGGAAAGCAAAGAAGGGAGGAUCCGGAUCGUCCCGCUCCCCUCGUGCUGCGUUAGUUGCUGCUAGCAGUUAGCUUUUACAUUCGAGUGUAAGAUAGGGCACCGUCUCCCACCCGCUCCAUGCUGAAGAAGUUCAAGACAUGAAUUUAGAUCACCACCGGAGGAGGCAAAGUUGCUCGCAAAACCGCUCACCUGCGCAAACGGGCACAGGCUGAUCCUUCUGUGGCUGAAGCGCCCACCUCUGCUACUCUUCACGAGCUUUCUUAGAAGCAAAUUUAACUUGGACCCAUAAAAAUGGCAAGAUUUUACUUACAGAAAGAGUCGCACCCCUAAAUAACUGCAGUUUUGGUCACCUUCAGUGUUCAAAGCCCCUACCCAGCCCACCCUGACAGCUCUCGACAGCCAGAGGAAGGCUGGCUUUAGGACAGCUUUUCCUUUCAACAGCAACGGCAGAGACCACCGGGUCACGUCUCCUCCUUUGCGGGGCCCACAACCUCCCACGGGAGAGUGAUGUUCAGGUGGUUGGGGUCCCCCCUGUUUUGCUUUUGGAAGAAGAGGGUGCAAGACCCGAACCUGGGUUCACCGGCUCUGCGGCUGGUAAUGACAGGCCAGCAACUCUGCCUUUCUGCAAAAAUGAAUGUGGGAAAGUUCCUUCUUCCUCCGUAAAUCAAAUUAGGUGAAAAAUUACUAAAAGGACAUCUCCAUCAUUCAUGGGCACUUCCAUAGCAACUGGUGCAGGACCACUUGGCUGAGCACUUCCCAUUCAUGGCAGGGAGGAGGGACCCGGACAGCGACGAUCCCCACAGCCGUGCGGAUGCUGUUGGAGGCAAUGGCAGGGAAUGCUUGCCAUGCCUUUGAAAUAUAGGUAUGACUGCUCAGAAAUGUGAGUUGUGGGGUUUUUUUUUCACCACCACAAUUUAGAAAUCAUCCUGCUUCUCACAGAAGGAUUUGGACUUAACCUCCCCAUUCAUGCACAGAAAAAAGCAGGUCUCAGCACAGAGGCGCACGCUACAUGAGCCUUGAAUGUCUACCUUAUCAGGCAAAAGGCUAAUUUACACUUUGGACCUGCUCAUGCCUUGGCACCUCUGCUCAAACUACCUGAAGAAAAGGAGCCAGACAAGUGCCAAAUGUCAUGACAGUCCUUGUAACCAAACCCCUUGCCCCAGCCUGCAUUUUACGCAGCCUUUUGAGCAAAUGUUAUGCACUGUCUCCCCCACCUCCGGCCCAGAAAGACAUUGUAUUUCCAUUAUCCUAAGAUUCAGUCUAGCUGCAUCUCUUUUAGAGAGUCUCCUUCCAUUCUCCAAAUAGCGAUAGCAGGUUUUAAAUGUCCUCUCACACUAAGGGCAGGCAGGAGGGAAGACAAAAAGUUAGCAGCAGCAAAGCUCUCUGGAUCCCACUGGCCCAUAGCCUGUAGCUCCUACUGCUUCCCAUCCAGGCAGUACUCCUCCCUUAAAAUACAGUCUGUGACUGGAAAAAAAGUCUUGGCUAACUCAGUAAAUGCCAUCCUUUCCCACUAGAGCAUCUGCUCAGCUAGGUCUCAUCCUGCUGGGAGCCACGAGAAGUUAUUAUGUCCCAGGGUGACCUGCGGGCUGCCACCCCCACGGCUCUGCCGGACGGCCCUGCCAGCUCAUGGGCACGGCAGCUCCCGGCAUCCAACUCUACCUCUCGGCAUGCAGCAAGGCCUCCCACCACACUGGCAGCACAUGCCAGGCCGUGACCUCUGGAGGGUGGGAAUAACACAGGGGGCUUUUGCGGGUCACCCUUCUGGUGAAAGGAAGGCAACCGCAUCAUCAUCUUCAUUACAUGCAAAUUAAGCGUGACCUGUCGCCUGCUAAUGAGGUGUCAAGGCUGGCAAGGCAGUUGCAGAGUAGCUGAGUGGCCAAGAUGAGGGUUAGCCUCACAGCCAACACAACACUCUGGGUCUGGCACGGCUACAGAGAAACGGGUGAGUCUGAAAAGGCUGGAGACAUGGGAGAUGCAACUGUGGGUUAGAAGGUUUUUGGGGACAGUGGAGAACAGGACAGGGUAGGGGCAGGGAUCCCAGAUUUUUUCCACUUCAGAUUCCUCCUGUUAUUAUUCUCUUUGUUGCUCAGCUAUGGGUCCAAAUUCAAUGUCAGAAAUAAACAAGGACUUUGAAAUACAAAA